AUGAAGCCAGAUCAGGGUGGGGUGUCCUUUGAAGAGGUGGCUGUGUAUUUCACCCAAGGGGAGUGGAUCCUGCUGCGCCCAGCCCAGAGAGCUCUCUACAAGAAUGUCAUGCUGGAGAAUUUUGAGAACGUGGCCUCUCUGGGACCUCAGAUUGCCAAACCUGACCUCAUAUCCUGGCUGGAAAAAGAGGAAGAGCUGUUUCUCCUGUUCUCUGAUGAAGUGGAGGGAUUCACAGCUCUAGGUGAAUGGUUUCUGUUUCUGCCUGCAGGAGGUGUGUGGGAGUCAGUGAAUGAAACAAAAGAACUUCCAGUAAAGGGGAAAGAAGAUACAUAUCCAGCUGUGAAAAACAACACUGAUUAUUCUAAUGUACUGAGGAAGCAGGCAGGAAAAGACCUGCUGAGGAGUAAUUCAGGUUUUUUGCAAGGUGAUUUUUCAUAUAAAGUUCCAGUUCUUCAAAAAAUAUAUCAUGGAUAUUGCAAUAAUUGCCCAGCAAGUCAGGAAUUUUUUCCUGAUGUGAAUAUUCAUUGGGAAACCCAGAACAGAAACAAAAUUCUUCAAUGCUUGAAGUAUGAGGAAAGCUUUGAGAGCAAAGAAAGCCUAGCUUCAUGUCAAAGCAGUCACUCUGCAGAGAAACUAAAGAAUUGCCUGGAGUGUGGGAAAACCUCUGGAUGGAAGGAUAAACGAACUAGACAUCAAAGAAUUCAUAGAAGGGAGAAACCAUAUACAUGUCUGGAAUGUGGAAAGCAUUUUGUGCGGAAAGAUACCCUAAGAUCCCAUCAACGAAUUCACACAGGGGAGAAACCAUAUAAAUGCCUGGAAUGUGGAAAGAGCUUCAGUGAGAGUGGAAGCCUGACCACCCACAAAAGAAUUCACACAGGGGAGAAACCAUACAAAUGCCUAGAGUGUGGGAAAAGCUUCAGACAGAAUACACAUCUUACAUCCCAUCAGAUAAUUCACACAGGGGAGAAAAAAUAUAAAUGCCUAGAGUGUGGAAUGAGCUUUGGGCGGAAAGAUACCCUAACUUCCCAUCGGCGAAUUCACACUGGAGAGAAACCACAUAAAUGCUGGGAGUGUGGGAAAACGUUCAGUAGGAAUUCAUAUCUUAUUUCACAUCAUAUAAUUCAUACAGGACAGAAUCCAUAGCAAGGCUUGUAAUGUAGAAAAAUGUUGCAUUGAACCAAACUGUGUUACAAAAUGAUAAAAGCAAUGCAA